AUGCACAAGCCUCUUUCGGUGGAAGAAGAGCGGGGCUCCCUAGAAGACAGAGCACCAUGGGAAACCAGCUCUGCUGCGGGGGAAGCUGGGAGCCGAGCAGGACGAACACUGAGGUCGCAGCAGCAGCAGCAGCCGCAGCUUGAGCGGUGGCGGCAGCUGAAUGCCACGGAGGACACAAUGGGACACUUGUACGAGCAGGUGUUACUGCAGCCUGCGUCUCAGCAGAGGAGCCGCCAAAGCCUCAGGUCGGAGGACAGCGGCUUGUAUUAUGCAGACAUUCAACUGUACAGCUUUCCCCAGCCACGCUCUGUCCAGGAGGUGAAGCACCUACAGUUAAAAAAUGCUACGGAGUAUGCGACCCUUCGCUUCCCCCAGGUGACAACUCGCUAUGACAGCAAGAACGGGACCCUUGUGUGA